AUGAUUAAAUUUGAUGACAGUCAAGCCGAAUCAGUUCCAACUGAUUAUCCUGUUCCGCCUGAAGUUUUGCUAUACUAUUUUGAAAUCAAUAUUAUAGAUAAAGGUGAAGAUGGAUAUAUUGGAGUUGGAUUUGCUAGAGAUUUAGAAAUACUUGAUAUUUUACCAGGUUUAUUAAGUUUGCGAAUUUAA